AUGGUAAUCUUGGUAGAAAAGCUAGGUCGUUCCCUCAAGUUUCAUCACAGACUGGAUCAUAACAAUCACCCCAACCAUGAUGCUGAAGAAGCCUUAUUGGCUUCUUUUCAGGCUUUUCGAUCCAAGGUAUCCAAAUUAUUAAGCCAAAUUAUGAUGGAAGCCAAGCCUGGAUCAGAGUUCUUGUCUUUGGCCUGGGUUCAUAGGUGCCUUGAGGCGUUACCGAUGAUCGACAAGGCUUUUGCUAAGCUAGUGGUGGAUGUAGAUUACCCCAUCGGCAAGUGGGAAGCUGCUGCAUCUGAAGCAUAUCUUAAGCACAGCUUGAAUGUGCUGGAGUUGCUCAAUAAAAUAAGCUCCUCACUUUCACAUUUAAGCCAGGCUAGGCUAGCGUUGGCCCAUGGUUUAAGCCUGAUCGAAAGUUCGCCUUCUUUGGCUUUGAAGCAUCUUCAGAAAAUCCAGCCUAAUGACCUGGGAAAUGAUUUCAAAGUGGAGGGUAUCAAAAGGAAUGAAGAACAGUUCAGUUCUCGCAAGGAAUCGAUAAUUCAUGAAGCUAUGAUGAUCAUGAUAAGCUCUGGAUUGUGGCUGUUUGGAAUUAUGAUAUCAGGCCUGUGCAGUGAUGUUAAGCCGUAUUUUCUCAUGAGAAAAUCAGCUCAUAACUUGCAUGAUCCAUCAUUGGAAAGCCUGGACUCCUUGCUUAGUGAAGAGAUCAGACAGAAGAGUAUGUUGAAAGAAAUUAAAGAGGUUAACGAGGCAGCAGCUGAGCUAGCUACAGAGAUAGCACAUAGAAAAGGAGAUGCAGCUGCAGAAAUAUUAGGUAGAAGAUUGCAGGUUCUUGAGAAGGUGCUUCAGAAAAUUGGGAAGCAGACGGAUUGCCUGUUCUCUGAAGUUCUAUUGGCAAGGAAUAAAUUGCUCGACACUAUUCGACUCAAGAAAUGA